AUGUCAAACGAUCCAGGCGAGACGAGCUUAUUCGUCGUCAUUCCCCUAGGUAACACUGGAGCUCCGUCUGCUAACGAAGGUGUCAUUCUGGAUAGGACGAAUGUCCUGGCACGCCGAUCCUCAACAUCAUACCGUGCAGCACUCCGAGUCCUCUCCGCUUUCUUUGGCCUCCUUAUCAUUGAUGAAUCAGGCAAGCGAGCCUACAGAACGCCCUUUGAACCAGCCUAUCAUGACGCUUUCUUGCUAAUCCAUCUGCAAAUCGAGCAACACAAACUGCGAACGUCCACCAUUCUCCCUAUACAGCACCUAUCAGUGCGCAACCCCAACCCUUACUCGCUCCAAGCUGCCAUAUUCCAACAACUAAACUCAAAAAUCUCCGCCGGAUUCUUUCUUAUUGUCUGCGAUUUAAACCUCAGCAAGCAGUCUUCAAUCUUCAAGACCCUACUUUCGCACAAUACGUGGAAGCACGUUUCCCAAGUGCACCUCCUUCGCUCGAGCAUCAACUCCAAGUUGGAGAUCUCCCACUCCCAUUGGCUUCGAUGUGUCAAUGUAGAACAAUGUAUAUAA